AUGUCAGGAAAUGCACAAGUUGCCUCAAAUAAUUAUGAAAAGAUAUGGAAAGAUAAACAUUUAUUAUUAACAAAAAUUGAACUGGAAUGGUUUAUAUCAACAAUAGUACCAGAGAUCUUUAAAAAAAUUAAUAGACAUUUAAAUUUAUGCAUGGAAGCGCUUUCAGAUGAAAAAAGUUUGACUCUUGUUUUAUCCUCAAUACAAAGUGAAACAAUUAAAGGAUUCCUAACAAGAAGAGGAACAUCGCUUAUAAAAGGCAAAUUUCAAAUAAUUUUUAAAAAUAAUAUCAAAUUAAAUCAAUUUUAUAUAAAAAAUACUAUUUUAUUAGAACAAUUAUCUCAUCUUAAUGAUAUAAUUUGUCAAAGUCAAAUAGUUCUUCAAACAGAAACAACUGACGCAGAUUCUAUUCAAAAAAUUAUUAAUCAAUUACAUCUUCAUAUUCAAUCCGCUCAACAAAUUCUUUAUCCAAAUGAACCAAUAAAUGAUCUAAUUUAUUCACUCAAAAAUAAUGAUCUUGAUCCUCCAUUACCUUCCAAUAUUAUGAUCAACAUUUGUAUCGACUACACUUCCAUUGCAACACACAUAUACCUUUUAGCAGAACAGAAUUUUACACAACGAUUUUCUUUUUUAUCACGAUUAUUCAGUUUUAACGGUUGGAAAACAACAAAUCCUAGAUCUAUUACCAUAAAUCAACAAUUAAUGCAAAUCAUUGAUGAAAUCCAUCUCAAAAGCAGAGAUCCUGCCCUUUCAAUCAUUAUAGAUCAUUUAACUGCUAUUGAAUAUGAAGUUAAUCAUUUAAAAUUAAAUAUUGAUGUUCUCCAAAAAAAUAUAAAUACUAGCGAAUCUACGCAACCUUAA